AUGAGCUCAUUGAAAGCACUGCUUAAUUCGAAAUCAUUUGACUCUGUGACAACUUCCAAUCUUGAAAUGACAAGUAGCAGCGGUCGGAAGCGCGGUGCAGCCCUGGAAGAAUGGUUGCUACGAAAGUUUCCCGAACUAUACAGGAAGUCGCAUGAUUUGGAGAGCACAACCGUCACAGCAAAUGAUGUCGAAAAUCAACCGCUCAAUUUGAUAAAGCGAAGCAGACGAGAUGUAAAAGCGAAAGAUGAAGCACCAACAGUAUAUACUGAUUGUACGAGUUGUGUUUAUCCCAAAACAUUACGAACAAACAGUUAUAAUCGCGUAUCCGUGCAGCACCCAGAUUCAAAGCAUGAUAUUGUCUCAAGUGAAUAUUAUGUACUACCGAAAGGAGAUCUAUUUACCUUAAAAAAUGAGCAUUUAUUAAAACGAGUAGAUAACGGAUAUCACAGAGAAUUGAAAUCACACACGGAUGGUGAUCUUGAAAUUGAAACUGAUAAACCUAUCAAUUUGUCUUUAUCCAAAAGACGAAAAGCAGUUUAUUUGAAAUGGAAUGAAGACGAAAGUAAAACGUUACCAGUAUCAAAUUAUGAAGGAAAGCAUGUUGACAAAGAUGAAGACGCCAGGAAUGCCAAUUCUGCAGCAAUGGGUGGACAGUAUGGUAGAAUGAACAAACUGCAAAAUUAUGAUAAGCGAAUUGGUGGAAAUAUCUAUUCGUUUGUUACAAAUAAGCAAAUUGCAAAACGUUUAACAACUCCUAAAUUAACAAAGCACAACGAUGCGGCCUAUUAUCCAAAUAUCCAAUGCCUACUUUGUCGAGAGUGGGUGUGUUCAAGAAACAGGUACAUGCACGUCGAAUCGCACUUGCAAUAUCGCCCAUAUAAAUGCAGUUUUUGUGGAUACGAUAAUAGAAAAGAAAUAUUUAUUAUAUUGCAUAUCAAAAAAGUGCAUGGUGGCAGGGCUGAAGUUAUCCGGGAUAUUAAUACUGAACUAGAACACGAGGCAUGGAACAUUGCAGAACGGUGUGUUGAGCAUACACGAGAUGUAUUGCAGCGUGCACAUCAGGAAACUGUUCAGGAUGAUAAAGCAUCGACAUCUACAGAACCCAGCAAUUCUAUCAAAGUUGAAGAGGCAUUGCUUAGCAAAUAUUCUACUCAGUAUCGUCCAAGAUUGUACAAUACACAACGAGCAGAAAAAAGUCUAGUUAUCGAGGAUUCGUUGAAAAUGGGCAUUGUUCCUGAUUUUAGUGAGGUUUCAAAUCGUGAAGUGAAAUGUCAGGUGAGUUGUUCUGUUGGAGAUUGCACACUGCAGCAUCAUUCAAAAAAUUUCUUAACACGACACAUGAAGGAAGUUCACAAAUAUAAGCAGACUCCGACAGAUAUCAUAGAAUUGGAUCCAUCUCUAAAAAAGGAGUUUUGCAAAGUCGCAUCUCAAUGUUUUCCAAGUCAUUUUUCGGAUCUUUCCUCAUUUCAUAUUUUUCGGCGAUCACCAAUAUCACGGUCUCCAUUACUGAAAUCGCUAGCAGAAACAAAUUCGUGUAUUCCAUCCACCUGUUUUGCUACUUCAGCUGUGCAAAAUGCUGCCUUAUCAGUGUCAUCUUUGACAUCCACCUUUAAAACAUCAAGUUCUCCAAGUCUUAAACCAACAUCAUCACUACUCACAGCUAUACUUCCAUUAAAUUUGACGCUUCAAACUCCAGCAUCAUCGAAUGAUGUAGCACUACUGCUUCCAGCAGCGCCUAUUCCUUCUUCAAAAGAUACGCCUCAUUUUAAAGAUCUAAUGAGCGUGUCCAGCGUUCCAGCAAUCAGUUCUGAAUAUAAACCAUUCGUUAUCCAUGCAGCAGAACAUAGCUCAUCAAAAUGUAUCACAUUAACUAACCUUCUAGCAGCUGCACCGAAGAAUAAUCCUCCACAGACACGCAUACAACCAAUAAUACAAACACCGAUAUCACGAAAAACAUGCAGUUUUUGCCAAGAGGUAUUCGAGGGCGAGUAUCUUGUCUUGUAUAAACAUGUCAAGCAACAUUUAAGCUUAUUUCCUUAUGAAUGUUCGGUAUGCAAAUUCGCUGAUGUGGACAGGAAAACUGUCCAAGAGCAUAUUUCUCGCGACCACUUAAAAGCUAUUCUUAUUGACAGGAUGACAGACGCAAUAUCUCGACAGUGUUCAGCAUUAUUUACAGCCUGUUUUCCGGACGUACCAUUGCAACCAUCAUUGCAUGACAAGUGCAAAAAUGAAUUCUGA